ACGGAAGCGUAGAAACCAGGAGCGCUUCACUCACAGCUCCACAGCUCUACAGUGUCCACCAACGAGACAUGUAGACCAGUAUCCUUCCUCCAGCUUCCUCUCUAAUGGACUUCCAGCCUCCCUUUUCACACGUUGUGACCUCUCAUGAAGACAACAGCUACUUUUAAGCCUCUCAUGAAGAUAUAACUCCAACUACAGCCAAAGCAAACCACCACCAUCUCAUCAGGAGCCAGCAUGAGUACCAAUGCUGUUGCCAGUGCUGAGCAACUCACUCCCAGUGAUGUGAACCACAUCCUCCUGGAGUUCCUCAUGUACAUGGGCAGGGCCAUCCUGCUGCUGUAUCCCGUCUACCUCACAGGCUCCCUGGGCCUCAGCAUCAGCUGGCUCCUGCUCAGCCUCGUCCUCUGGAGCCUGUGGGACAAGAACCGCAAGCACAAGGAUGUGCGCAUAGACACGGCCAUAGACUUCUUGGAGAACGAGCACCAUGUGAUCAGGAGCGAAAUGAAGGCACUCAACAUGCCAGCCUGGAUUCAGUUUACUGAUGUUGAGAAGGCUUCCUGGAUCAACAAGAUUCUUCACCAGGCCUGGCCAUUCUUUGGCAUUUACAUGGAAAAGCUCCUGAGAGAAAGCAUCCAGCUGUCCGUCCAGCAGUCCAACCCUCACCUUAAAACCUUUAAGUUCACCAAGGUCCACUUCGGACAAAGGGCUCCAACAAUUACAGGAAUACGGGUGUACACACAUGAAGUAGACAUGAGGGAAGUCAUCCUGGACCUCAACAUUGCUUAUGAGGGGGAUCUGAACAUCAAUACAGACGUGAAGAGCAUCGCAGCAGGAGUCAAGGAACUACAGCUUCAGGGGAUGCUCCGUGUGAUUCUCGAGCCUCUGAUUGCCCAGUCUCCAUUUGUGGGUGGGGUCACCAUGUUUUUCAUUCGCCGCCCCACCCUGCGUGUAAAUUGGACUGGGAUGACCAAUCUUCUAGACAGUCCGGCACUGCGUGGCUUUUCAGAAACAGCCAUAUUGGAACUCAUCGCAUCCAUGAUGGUCCUGCCGAACCGCAUGUGUUUUCCGCUGAUAGACCAAGUCAAGGUGGACCAGAUGAGGUUUCCUCUGCCACGAGGCGUGGUGCGUGUUCAUGUGGUGGAGGCCCAGGAUCUGGUUGCUAUGGACACAUUGAUGAUGGGUCUAGUGAAGGGCAAGUCUGAUCCAUAUGUGGUUCUAAGGGUGGGAAACAAACGCUUCCAAACGAAGACCAUCAAGGAGACCUUGAACCCCCGCUGGAAUGAAGUUUAUGAGUUUGUGGUUCAUGAGGCUCCUGGGCAAGAGCUUGAAGUGGAGCUUUACGAUGAGGACACAGACAAAGAUGACUUUUUGGGCAGGUUUAAUCUGGAUUUUGGGGAGGUGAAGAAGGAGAAAGAAAUCGAUAAGUGGUUCACCCUUCAAGACAUUCAGAGUGGAAAACUUCAUUUGAAAUUGCAGUGGCUCUCUCUGCAGACUAGCAAGGAGUUAGUGAGUCAGGCCGCUGAUGGCUGUGCGUGUGCCAUGCUUGCCGUAUACCUGGACAGUGCGUCCAAACUGCCUAAAGACCAGAGUGAGUUCAGCCAGCCUGACAAGCCUGGGAAACAACCCAAAGACGCAAGGCUCACACGAAGGCAGAACAACCCCAGCUCCUAUGUGAAGUUCUCCAUAGACCAGCAAAGCCAGAAAAGCAAGUUUGUGUACAACUCCAGAGAUCCUGUUUUUGAGGAGUAUUUCACAUUCUUUGUGCAUAACGUGGAAAGCCAAGUGCUCAACGUUCAGGUGAUGGUGCCUGAGAAGAAGACGACUCUGGGCAUGCUCACUCUGCACCUAGGCCGGCUGCUCAGCGCUUCUGACCUCACCCUGGACCAGCGCUUCCAGCUGGAGCGGUCAGGAGCCAACAGCCAGCUCAAGAUGAAAGCUAUCCUCAGGUUCCUGAAGCUGGAGAAGCCCCAGCCCAAGGUUGAGAACCCUCCAGCAGCCCGACCUCGGGGGCAACAAGCUAAAACCCCCCAACCUCAGCAAGCCCAACCCCAGCCCUCGCAACAGCAACCUCAAACCAAACCCCAGCCCUCCACCCAGCCUCCAUCUCAGUCCUCCCAGCCUGAGAAGAAAGCGCAGACCUCCACGCUGCCCCAGACACCUGCGUCCACCACAGAUGGCCAUGCCGUGGCCAGCUCCUCCAGUGCACUACAGACAGAAUACGUUCCCCAUCGGAGAGGCUCCCUACUGUCCUCAGAUGUCCGGCGCUCAGGACCCUCCACACCGUCCCGCAUGCGCCGCUACGACUCCCACAGCCUCCUAUCGGAGAAUUCCAUCGCUUCUUCUCGCUUAGACCUGGCCGACAGCGUCCCAUACCCAGAAGCACUUUUAAAUCACCAAGGAACCUUUGGCCAGAUCCAGCUGACCAUUCGUUAUGUCCCCCUGAGGAAGAAGCUCAUUGUGACGGUCAACGGGUGCAAGGACCUGUUUAAGUGUAAUGAGAAUGGCUCAGACACCUACGUUCGCAUUUACCUGCUGCCAGACCAAAAAUGGAAGAGCCGCAUGCGCACACAAGUGAAGAGGAAGACGGUGGAGCCUGUCUUUGAAGAGAAGUUUGAGUUUUCGGUGACUUUAGAGGAGACCAAGACCAGGACGCUGGACGUUUCUGUGAAGAACAAUCGAAUGUUCCACACUAGGGAACGGAAAGAGAUCGGGAUGGUGCUGAUCGAACUGUCCCAGAUAGAUCUUGUGAAGGGCUCCAUUGAAUGGUAUGAGCUCACUCUGCCUGGGGUGAAGAAGAAUGAAGGUCAACCAUCCACAUGAUGAAGAGGAACUGUUACAAAGAUCUUCAUAUGCUACAACUCUGUUUACAAAUUUCUUGCUGAACUACUUUAGUAGGAAUGUAUCCAGUUUUCCAGAUAGAGUCUUUAUUUUAUUUAUUCUUGGAAGGGGGUUCAUAUUAGAGAUGAAGCCAACAACCAUGUUGUGUUUUGCACUUUGUUUUGGAUGGAAUGCUUUCUCAAACUGGAAGCACUACUUUAUAACACUGUGUUGCUUCAUGUGUGUAAUAGUUCAUGAUGUUCAAGUGGGAAGCUGAGCUUGUGAGUGCAUGUAUAAAUGUGCAAACAUUUUAAGUGAAUUUGGGCCAAAUAUCACUGUAAAAAAUCCAGUUUCAUGUGUCAAAAUAAAGCACAGUUUGUACCAUUUU